AUGGCUAGUGGGUUCUGCUGUCUCUGUCAUGAGCUCUUUAGGUAAACUAUCUAUUCAUCAGGAAGACGCCCGCCAGGGAGCCCAGGCUAUUUCUAGUGGGACAGGGAGGCUAGUCUCCGGGUGCCUGACGUUGGAAAUAGAUUUGCUUGAAUUUCACAUCACGGUCUUGUCUGUCUGCCUGUCUGCCCACUUACUGUGACCAUUUUCCUUUCUCUCUGUGUGCUUGCCUAUUUCUCCAUCUUUGUUUCUAAAAUAGGCCAUGUCUCGCUUCACUUUGUCUCUGCCACCCCCUCCCUCGCUCUUUACAUCGGUCUACCUCUGUCUCUCUCUCCUCCCAACCCUCUCCCUCUCCAGUCUCGUCUCCUCUCCUCCCCUCUCCAGUCUCCUCUCCUCCCCUGUCUCGUCUCUCCUCCCCGUCUCGUCUCUCCUCCCCUGUCUCGUCUCCUUCCCUGUCUCUCCUCCCCUGUCUCGUUCUCUCCCUCUGUCUGUCUCUCUGUCCCUGGCCCCUCUUCCCUCUCCUCUCACUGUUUCUAAUUUAAAGGUGAAAAGAGUUUGAAAUACCAACAGUAACUCAUUGCAACUGAAAUCAAAUGAUAACUCAGUGUAUCAUGAAUGAAGUAUCUCUGAAAACAAGACAGUAAUUAUUCAGUGGCGUCGCUGUGUACUGCUGCUCAAGCAUUAACUUUACAAACAGGUGCCUCAACUGACCAUGUUUUCAUGUGUAAUCACUCUUGUUUCAUUAUGUAAAGUAAUCUCUCGCUCUCUUCUUCCCCCCUCCCCCAGGCGUGCCGCUCUCCACCCAGUGGGGUCCCCAGGGCUACUUCUAUGCCAUCCAGAUCGCCCAGUACGGCCUGAGCCACUACAGCAAGAACCUGACGGAGCGGCCACCCCAUGUGGAGCUGUACGACACGGCCGAGGAGAAGGACAACCGUGCUGGCUCCCCCAGCGGGCCCUGGACGGUCCCCAAGGGCUGCAGCCUCACACGGCUCCACGACAAGGGCCGUGCCACAUCCGUGCGCCAGUUCAGUAGCCCAGGUAGGAUGGCAGCAGCACAUGCAUGACUGUAGUACGUGGAGGUAGAUGGAAAUAGAAUCACACAAGAAUAUCAUUCAAUUUCUAUGGUGGAUGAGAAUGAGGUUAGAAUGUUCUGUUCUAUUCAGAUCUCAAUCUCCUCUCUCUCUCCUGUCUAUUCCUUAACAAUCUCAGCUCGCUUGCUCUCUCACUAUCCCGCUCUCUCUCGCACUCUCGCUCGCUCUCUGUGUAUCUCCUCAUCUGGGUCUGAGCCCUGGCUCUGAACGCCCCCCCCUUGAGUCUCUGACAAGCGGCUCAAUGAGUUUCAUUUGAUUAGAAGCCUGUGGCCUACACAUCCCAUACAGGUCAGAUUGUGGCCACUACUGUACGUCUCAGAGUCGUCAAUGGCAGAGAGGCGCCUGGAUUCUGGGCACCGAUGCCCAUUCUGUUGUUGAUCAUCCUGUAAUGCAGUUGUCCCCCUGCAGCAGAUCGAACCCCAUUUAACAUUAGCAGGGCCAUUCUAUAAGGAGACAGUGGAGCAAUGGUUGUCACCAGCUAAGCCCCAUAUGGCUAGAGCUGUGGUCUAUUAGUGUGUGCGUGCUUGUGUGUUUCGUUAGGCUAAGUGUGUGUGUGUGUGCCACGAUACCCGAAUUUUGACUUUGAUACCAGGUUUAGUAUCACAAUACUCGAUACCAUCACGAUACUCGUUACCGAAACGAUACCACGGCAAAAAACAGAAGGUAUAUUAUCCACAGUCCCGGAAUGGCCCCUGAUCCAGACAGAUAAACUCAGCUACUGUUCUGUUUCGAUCGUUGGGCGUCUUUUUGAGUUCAAUAUCAUUACAUUUGAAAUGUUUCACAUCAGAAUUUUUCAGAGACAGUCAUGUAUGCAUUAAUGAAUCAGUUAUACGAUCAGUUUGACUUUGUUUAUACCAACUUAACUACACUACCGGUCAAAAGUUUUAGAACACCUACUCAUUCAAGGCCUUUUCUCUUAUUUUUACUAUUUUCUACGUCGUAGAAUAUUAGUGAUGACAUCAAAACUAUGAAAUAACACAUAUGGAAUCAUGUAGUAACCGAAAAAGUAAUUAAUCCACUAUAUCGAUCUCCCUCACAUCUCUCUCUCAGCUAACUGGUUGAGAGAAUGCCAAGAGUGUGCAAAGCUGUCAUCAAGGCAAAGGGUGGCUAUUUGAAGAAUCUCAAAUAUAACAUUUAUUUUGAUUUGUUACUACAUGAUUCCAUAAGUGUUAUUUCAUAGUUUUGAUGUCUUCACUAUUUAUUCUACAAUGUAGAAAAUAAUAAAAAUUAUGAAAAACCCUUGAAUGAGUAGGUGUUCUAAAACUUUAGACCGGUAGUGUACAUAACAACAUAAUGGUAAUUUUUUAAAAGAUGGUACAUUUGUAUUGAUAAGCUGGGUAAAUCAAGAUGUAGCCUAGGCUGUGAAUGUAUAUUCAAUUGGAGUGUGUACAUGCAUUGAGUUAUUGAGCUUGUGUUGGCUGACAUCAUCUGUAGCCCCAUGAAAAUCUGUUUCCCUUCCAUGUGGCACGUAAUUUUUUUUGUACUGAUCAACAUUUGCAUAGAAGUAGCUUAUUUAAUAAAAUCGCCACUGUCUUUUUAACUAGUAAUUUUUUUUUUUUUAUGACGUCAUUCACGAGCCAAGAUGGGUUCGGCCUGUCGGAGCCCUCAGUUCUCUGAGGCAAUACAUCUUUGGUUGAGAGAGAGAUGUGUUGGAGACCGAUCAAGUUAAUUAAUUCAGCUUUUUGGUGGAAAGUUAGCCUACAAAGUUGGAAGCUACCGGUGUCUUCUUGCAUUGUAAAGUAUUUUAGCCUUUAUGGACAUUAUUUUGCGAACAGUAAUUUUAACAGUUUCAACAUUUCUACAUGCCGUGUCGCAUUAUUCAAGUGUGUUAACUUCUGUGCAGCAUGAGUGAGGAGCUAAUAUGAUGCAGCCCAGACUACCAGUGCAGGCUAGCAGUGAGUAUGGGGAGCAGGCACACGGUGCGCUCCUUCGGUGACUUUGGCUGCGCUGAUAGACUUGAUCCGUGAGACACAUUUGACAGAAGUAUCGAAAGUAAAAAAAAUAUAUAUAGUACCGAACCGUUAACAUUUUGUUUUUAUUUAUGGAAAAUAAAUAUUGAAAAUAAAACACUAUCUUGAUUUAGAUAAGUAAGACUUAAUACAUGUUAGAAUCACCUUUGGCAGUGAUUACAGCUGUGAGUUAUUCUGGGUAAGACUCUAAGAGCUUUGCUUUGUUCAAUAUUUGCCUAUUAUUCUUUUUUUUAAAUCUUCAAGCUCUGUCAAGUUGGUUGUUGAUCAUUGCUAGACAGAGAUGUUCAGGUCUUGCCAUAGAUUUUGAAGCCGAUUUAAGUCAAAACUUUAACUAGGCCACUCCGGAACAUUCAAUGUCAUCUUGGUAAGCAACUUCAAUGUAUUUGGCCUUGUGUUUUAGGUAAUUGUCCUGAUGAAAGGUGAAUUUGUCUCCCAGUGUCUGUUGGAAAGCAGACUGAACCCAGUUUUAAUCUAGGAUUUUUCCUGUACUUAGCGCUAUUCUGUUUAUUUUUAUCAAAAAAAACUCCCUAGUCCUUGCCGAUGACAAGCAUGAUGCAGCCACCACCAUGCUUGAAAAUAUGAAGUGGUACUCAGUGAUGUGUUGUUGGAUUUGCCCCAAACAUAACGCUUUGUGUUCAGGACAAAUGUUCAGUUCUUUGCAAUGUUUUGGAAUAUUUUUAUUCUGUAUGGGCUUCCUUUUCAUUCUGUCAUUUAUGUUCGUACUGUGGAGUAACGACAAUGUUGUUGAUUCAUCCUCAGUUAUCUCCUUUCACAGCCACUAAAAAAAUUAAAUCUAUCACCAUUAGCUGUGAAUUUAGUGGCUGUGAAAGGAGUACUCCACAGUACGAACAUAAAUGACAGAAUGAAAAGGAAAUCCCUGAGCGGUUUCCUUCCUCUCGGGCAUGUCACGAAUUCCGCCGAGGCUGCUCCUCCUGCUUGUUCGGGCAGGCUUCGGCGUUCGUCGUCCCCCGGAGUACUAGCUGCCACCGUUUGAUGUUAUCUAUGUUUGUUUGGUUUUGUCUGAUUAGUGCACCUGUUCUAUAUCACGUAUUGAUUAUGUCACCUAUAAGUUUCCUUUGGUUUUGUUUGUAGUUGUGUGUCCUUGUCCUUGUCUGUUGGUGUAGGUUAUUUGUUUCUUAUUGUUUAGUGCUGUUCGCACUUUACGCACUGUUUUACGUAUUCGCUCGCCUCCUGUUUAUGAGGCCCGUUGGUUUUGUAUUUUGCUCCUGUGACUAUUAAAGUCGGAUCGACUAAGCUUCUGUGUCCUGCGCCUGACUCCAACACCGCAUCCACAUCAGCCUUUUGACAGGGCAACUGUGUUAGGAAGGACGCCUGUAUCUUUGUAGUGACUGAGUGAAUUGAUACACCAUCCAAAGUGUAAUUAAUAACUGCAACAUGUUGAAAGGGAUAUUCGAUGUCUACUUUUUUUAUUAACCCUCUACCAUUAGGUGCCCUUCUUUGCGGACCAUUGGAAAACCUCCCUGGUCUUUGUGGUUGAAUCUGUGCUGGAGAUUCACUGCUCGACUGAGGGGACCUUACAGAUAAUUGUAUGUGUUGGGGACAGAGAUGGGGUAGUCAUUAAAAAAUAAUGUUAAACACUAUUAUUGCACAUAUUAUGUGACUUGUUAGGCAUAUUUUUACUCCUGAACUUAUUUAGGCUUGCCAUAACAAAGGAGUAGAAUACUUAUUGACUAAUUUCAGCUUUUCAUUUUUUAUAAAUGUUUCAACAUUUCUAAAAACAUAAUUCCUCUUUGACGUUAUGGGGUGCUGUGUGUUGAUCUGUGACACAACAAUCUCAAUUGAAUCCAUUUUAAAUUCAGGCUGUAACACAACAUAAUGUGGAAAAAGGUCAAGGGGUGUGAAUACUUUCUGAAGGCACUGUAUGUAUUAGUGCACCUGUGCCUCAGACAACCUAGCAAAGUCUCUCUCUCUCAAGCCCAGUGAUAAGCAGCAGCAGCAGCAUCAGAGAGGAGAUGGGAUCUCGUCUGUAUUCCCGGACCAUCACUUAUUGAUGGCAGAGUAAUCACAGGGCCACAGUACAAAUCCACUUACUCUCUGGGUUGCCUUAAGUAAUGGAUUUAUGAGUGCAUUAAAGAGCUGUAGAAACCUGGGGCCCUGCCUGCCAGCCUGACUGUCUCUCUCUCUCUGUCUCUCUCUGUCGGUCUCUGUCUCGCUCUGUCUGUGUCUCUGUCUCUCUCUCUCUGUCUGUGUCUCUGUCUCUCUCUCUCUGUCUCUCUCGCUCUCUCUGUGUCUCUCUGUCUCUCUCGGUUUCUUGCUCUCUCUCUCUCUCUCUCGCGCUCUCUCUCUCUCUCUCGCUCUCUCUGUCUGUGUCUCUCUCUCUCUCGGUCUGUCUCUCUCUGUGUCUCUGUCUCUCUGUGUCGCUGUCUCUCUCGCUCUCUCUGUCUCUCUCGGUCUGUGUCUUUCUCUCUCUCUCUCUCUUACUAUUUUUCUCUCUAACUGACUGACUAGCUGACUGACUGACUGACUAACUAACUGACUGACUAACCGACUGACUAACUAACUAACUGACUAACCGACUGACUGACUAACUAACUAACUGACUAACUAACUGACUACCUAACCGACUAACUGACUGACUAACUGACUGGCUGGCUGGCUGACUGACUGACUGACUAACUAACCGACUGACUGACUAACUGACUAACUAACCGACUGACUGACUAACUGACUAACUAACCGACUGACUGACUGACUAACUGACUAACUAACUAACUAACUGACUGACUGGCUGGCUGACUGGCUGACUGGAUGGCUGCCUAACUAACUGGCUGGCUGGCUGACUGACUGACUAACUAACCAACUGACUGACUAACUGACUAACUAACCGACUGACUGACUAACUAACCGACUGACUAACUAACUAACUGACUAACUAACCGACUGACUGACUGACUAACUAACCGACUGACUGACUAACUAACCGACUGACUAACUAACCGACUAACUGACUAACUAACCGACUGACUAACUGACUGACUGACUGACUGACUGACUGACUGACUGACUGACUGACUGACUGACUGACUGACUGACUGACUGACUGACUGACUGACUGACUGACUGACUGACUGACUGACUGACUGACUGACUGGGGGAUUCUUAAAGCCAUCCCUCCGCCCCUCCUUUUAUCUCUAUUUAUCAUGUCUCUCUCUUUCAAAAACGUUAACAGCGUCUCCUCCGCUGAGUGUUUUCAGAGUGCUGUGGGGUGCAGACUUAGUAGUAGGGAGGGAGCCUUAGCCACUGACAAGGGGUCUUAACAGUUUUGGAGAAGUUCAGAAGAUGAACUCUAUUUGGAAGAAAGUGUGUAUGCAUGUGUGUGUGUGUGUGUACAUACAUAUAUACAUAUAUAUAUAUAUAUAUAUAUACACAUAUACAUACACACACACACACACACACACACACACACCCUACUCACUCCAGGGUUUUUCUUUAUUUUUACUAUUUUCUAUAUUGUAGAAUAAUAGUGAAGACAUCAAAACUAUGAAAUAACACAUAUGGAAUCAUGUAGUAACCAAAAAAGUGUUAAACAAAUCAAAAUAUAUUUUAUAUUUGAGAUUCUUUAAAUAGCCACCCUUUGCCUUGAUGACAGCUUUGCACACUCUUGGCAUUCUCUCAACCAGCUUCACCUGGAAUGCUUUUCCAACAGUCCUGAAGUAGUUCCCACAUAUGCUGAGCACUUGUUGGUUGCUUUUCCUUCACUCAGCAGUCCAACUCAUCCCAAACCAUCUGUUGUGGAGGCCAGGUCAUCUGAUGCAGCACUCCAUCACUCUCCUUCUUGGUAAAAUAGCCCUUACACAGCCUGGAGGUGUGUUGGGUCAUUGUCCUGUUGAAAAACAAAUGAUAGUCCCACAAAGCCCAAACCAGAUGGGAAGGCGUGUCGCUGCAGAAUGCUGUGGUAGCCAUGCUGGUUAAGUGUGCCUUGAAUUCUAAAUAAAUCACAGUGUCACCAGCAAAGCACCCCCACACCAUAAAACCUCCUCCUCCAUGCUUUACGGUGGGAAAUACACAUGCUGAGAUCAUCCGUUCACCUACUCUGCGUCUCACAAAGACACAGCGGUUGGAGCCAAAAAUCUCAAAUUUGGACUCCAGACCAAAGGACACAUUUCCACCGGUCUAAUGUCCAUUGCUCGUGUUUCUUGGCCCAAGCAAGUAUUUUCUUUUUAUUGGUGUCCUUUAGUAGUGGUUUCUUUGCAGCAAUUCGACCAAGAAGGCCUGAUUCACACAGUCCCAUUUUACCAGUUAAUGUUGAUGUGUCUGUGACUUAAACUCUGUGAAGCAUUUAUUUGGGCUGCAAUUUCUGAGGCUGGUAACUCUAAUGAACUUAUCCUCUGCAGCAGCGGUAACUCUGGGUCUUGCAUUCCUGUUGCGGUCCUCAUGAGAGCCAGUUUCAUCAUAGCGCUUGAUGGUUUUUGCGACUGCACUUGAAGAAACUUUCAAAGUUCUUAAUGUUCUGUAUUGACUGACCAUCAUGUCUUAAAGUAAUGAUGGACUGUCGUUUCUCUUUGCUUAUUUGAGCUGUUCUUGCCAUAAUAUGGACUUGGUCUUUUACCAAAUAGGGCUAUCUUCUGUAUACCCCCCCUACCUUGUCACAACACAACUGAUUGGCUCAAACGCAUGAAGAAGGAAUGAAAUUCCACAAAUUAACUUUUAAGGAGGCACACCUGUUAAUUGAAAUGCAUUCCAGGUGGUUACCUCAUGAAGCUGGUUGAGAGAAUACCAAGAGUGUGCAAAGCUGUCAUCAAGGCAAGGGGUGGCUAUUUGAAGAAUCUCAAAUAUAAAAUAUAUUUUGAUUUAUUUACCACUUUUUUGGUUACUACAUAAUUCCAUAUGUGUUAUUUCAUAGUUUUGAUGUCUUCACUAUUAUUCUCAAAUGUAAAAAUGUUUACAAAUAAAGAAAAACCCUUGAAUGAGUAGGUGUGUCCAAACUUUUGACUGGUGUACUGUAUGUGUUAGGGAUUCAACAUAUCCUAGUAGUAUUGUCAAACUGUGUGUGCUGCUGCCCAAGGAAGUGUUGCAAUUCUAGAUGCGGAAGGAAUCCGAUGCGGACGUAAUCCAGACAAUAAAACGUAAUUCAACAAUAUUCAAUAAUGUAUUGAACUUAGUAGGGAAUCAACUAUAUGUAUAAAACAUGUAUUAAUUUUCCCAAGUUUAUCAUGACAUGAACAGAACGCAUCAGUGAUUCGUAUUUCCUGCUACUUUCUGAAGAGGCAACGAUAAUUCCCCGUCUAUGUAUGUGAGGUGAUCGCAGCUACCACUACGUGUAGACAUUAGCGAUGAUGCUAAUUAAAAAAUCUUCCGGUAGAUGGAAAAGCUUUCCCAAAAACCUUCUAAAUUAAAUGUUAACUACAAAUAACAGAUGCUUACCUGGCAGAAUAUCAUGAUUAUUUGCAUCAAUCCAGUGGAUAUUUGUUUUGCAAACUCUACCCACAUGUGCGACAAUGCAAAUGUGUGCUACGAAAACAUAGCUAAACAGCAACAGCCUCUUGCUAGGUGCACACUGGAAUUAAAGGGUAACUACACCCUAAAUGUUGAAUUUUUAUUCAGACCUCAAAAAUGGUCUCCUGAUGUAGGUUAAGUAUUGUUAGGAUUUGGGCCGAGCAGCACCUUGGUCUAUUCUCCUCCUCUCUCUUCCCCUCUCUCUCUACUACCCCUCUCUCUCCCUCCCUCUAGUCCCUCUCUUUCUCACCCCCCCUCUCCCUCUCUGUCUCACACGCAUACUAACCAGGAUCCCAUAGGGGGGACUUUCUCUCAGAACCCAUGCUUCUGAGGGAGAGAGGGUGAGAGAGACUUCUCAAAGUCCUAUUACAAUGCAAGGCUACAGAAAGACACAGUAGCGCUUUAUGAUGUUGCACGGUUAAGACAAACUGUCUUGGGUGGGAUGGGCCUUUUUUGAAAUACAGCAAUUUGUUACAAAAAAAUCCAACUUCAAAAUCCCCCUCACCCAGUUCUUAACCAUGAGAACAAACAACACAUUGUCAUUAGUUCAGAGAACGUUGGACCCUAGUGACUACCAGCACUCUGAAGAACUGCGAAAUCACUAAACCCACCAUGUUGUUUCUCCCUCCCGUCACUACAGAGAACUCUGAAGGUGUCUCCCUCCCCCUGGGCAACUCCAAGGACUUUAUAAUCUCCUUCGAUCUCAAGUUCACCUCCAACGGAAGCGUGUCUGUGGUGCUGGAGACCACAGAGAAGGGUGCGCCCUUCAUCAUCCACUAUGUCACCUCCGGUCAGCUCAUCGCCUUCAGCGGCCGCGACAUCACCUAUGGCAUCGGGCCGCGUGCCGCCUGGUCCACAGUCACCCGGGACCUGCUGACCGACCUGAGGAAGGGCUUGGGCCUGUCCAACACCAAGGCCGUCAAGGCCACCAAGGUUAACGCCUUCAGUCUUAAUUGUGUAGAGCAGGGCUCUCCAACCCUGUUGUAGGUUUUCACUCCAACCCAAGUUGAUUAAGUUUAUCAACCAGCUAAUUAUUAGAAUCAGGUGCAGUAGAUUAGGGUUGUAGUGAAAACCUACAGGAGGGUAGCUCUCCAGGAACAGGGUUGUAGUGAAAACAAACAGUACGGUAGCUCUCCAGGAACAGGGUUGGAGUUAAAACCUACAGGAGGGUGGCUCUCCAGGAACAGGGUUGGAGUUAAAACCUACAGGAGGGUGGCUCUCCAGGAACAGGGUUGGAGUUAAAACCUACAGGAGGGUGGCUCUCCAGGAACAGGGUUGGAGUUAAAACCUACAGGAGGGUGGCUCUCCAGGAACAGGGUUGGAGUUAAAACCUACAGGAGGGUGGCUCUCCAGGAACAGGGUUGGAGUUAAAACCUACAGGAGGGUGGCUCUCCAGGAACAGGGUUGGAGAGCCCUGCUGUAAAGAAACAAUGAAAUAUAUGGAAACAAUACAUUUAACAAAACAAUACAUUUAAAAAUGUUGGUUAAGACCAUAAAAUACUAUUUACAGUGUUAUAAUAACAUAUACCCAAAAGGUCAAAAAGUACUAGAAACUUUGAAGUAAAAUUGUUGUAAAGGUUUUGUGAAUCAUGGUAGGUAGGGAGUUAGUGUCUCCCUAUCAUGUUAAACAUGGCUUCAGUUAAACAACAACCUCCUUUCCCCCCCCUUGUUUCCAGGUGAUGCCGCGGCGGGUUGUGAGACUGAUAGUCCGCGGGCGCGGCACCAUCGACAAUGUCACCAUCGCCACCACGGCGCACACGGCUGCUUUCUUCGCCGCCAGCGACUGGCUGCUGCGCAACCAGGACGAGCGUGGCGGAUGGCCCAUCAUGGUCACGCGCAAGCUGGGCGAGGGCUUCCGCCCUCUGGAGCCCGGCUGGUACUCAGCCAUGGCGCAGGGCCAGGCCAUGUCGACUCUGGUCCGCGCCUACCUGCUAACCAAGGACCAGACAUACCUCAACGCUGCGCUGCGCGCCACCGGCCCCUACAAGCUGCCCUCUGAUCAGCACGGCGUCAAGGCUGUCUUCAUGAAUAAGUACGACUGGUACGAGGAGUACCCCACUACGCCGGGCUCCUUCGUGCUCAACGGCUUCAUAUACUCGCUGCUCGGUCUCCACGAUUUGGCCGAGACGGCAGGGGAGAAACUAGGGCGGGAGGCGGCCAUGUUGUUCUCUCGGGGCAUGGAGUCGCUCAAGGCCAUGCUGCCUCUGUACGACACGGGCUCGGGCAGCAUCUACGACCUGCGCCACUACAUGCUGGGCACGGCCCCCAACCUGGCACGCUGGGACUACCACACCACGCACAUCAACCAGCUGCAGCUGCUGGCGUCCAUCGACAAUGCGCCCAUCUUCCGGGACGUGGUGAAGCGCUGGAAGAGCUACCUGAAGGGGGGGCGGGCCAAGCACAACUAG